CGCUUCCGGCCGCGCUCGGCAGCCGGGGCAGCGCGGCGGGCCGUGCGUGGAGCAGCAUGUUCCGCAUCGAGGGGCUGGGGCCCAAGAUGGACCCGGAGGAGCUGAGGCGGAAGAUGCGUCGCGACGUCCUCACCUCUGUCCGCAACUUCUUCAUCUACGUGGCGUUGCUGCGGAUCACUCCCUUCAUCCUGAAGAAGCUGGACAGCGUAUGAGCUCUUUGCGAGCUGCACAGAAGACUCGGCUUCUGAAAACGCGCAGCGAACUGCUUUCCGUUUGUUGUUAGUUAAACGCUGUUCCAGAGGCGGGCAUCCCAUCCUAAAUGUUCCUUAAAAUGGCCGUGUGGGUGUAUUCGACCAGAGAGUGAUAGCACAUUGGGAGGUGUGGGGCAGGUGACUGUUUUCUGUGCAGGUGCUCACAGAGCACUCCGGAGCAUGGAGUUACGGUGGAACGUUUCUGGUACUCUUUUAUAAAGUGUUCAUCUUUGGGUUUGAAGCCUGAAGUGCUAGCACAUUGCUCUGUUGUGCACCUGCCUCUAAACCGCCGCGUGCUAUGGCUGUCAAUGUUACUGAACCUGUCUGUAAAAUCCUGUGCAGAGGGAGUUUGAUUUUAAAUAAAUGGGAGAGCAGUUCUGUCACAUAACGAA